CCAGUCCUCCUGAUCUGGCUGCAGAACCUCACCAGACCCAAUCUUAGUGGCUCAGAACCAGCCAGGACCGCAGCAGAAUGUUCUGACCCGGAUCCGGUUGAGCUGCAGCAGAAACCAGAACCUUCGGACCAGAACAUGUGCUGGUUCUGUCUGGUCAUUGCUCUUGAUGUUCUGGGUCUGGAAUCCAGCCAGAACCAGAACAUUUGAACAGGAAGUUUCCAGACCCAGCUGGAGAACGGAACCGGCGCUGGCGGGCUUUAGGACCCUGCAGCUCCUCCUGCAGCGCCUCCUGCUGAUUGGUUAAUGAAGCUGCAGCUGACGCCCCGCCUCACCUGUCUGCAGCGACCAGGUGAGCCUGGACCAAUCAGAGAGCGGCUCUGCCCUGCGAUGCAGUCGGACCUGCUGGGCGAGUCAGACAGGAGAGAGAGGAGGAACACACACACACACACACACACCGGCAGCCGGCCAUACAUGCAGAGCAGAACACACCGUGACAUCACUGUGACAUCAUGAGCUCCCCCACUGGGCAGAUGGACGGGACCACCGAGGACAGGGCGGCUGAGGAAACCCCGCGGCCCAGCAGCAUCCAGGACAUGGAGCUGAGGGAGGAGUGGCUGGACGACGGCUUCCCCAGGCCGCUCCCAGAGGAUACCGAGGGUCCAGCAGGAGGCGCCGCAGACUCAGCCCCGCCCACCAGCCUGGUCCCGUCGGGCGGGGGUGGGGCCAGGAAGCGGCUGACGGCGCCGGCCCUCAGCGACCCGAACAGCGACAGCUUCUCGGCGGCGGCGCUGUCCGGGACGCCGGACGACUCGCUGUCGCUGGACAUCAAGGUGGAGGACCUGGAGACGCCGUCCGGCAGCGAGUCGGGGACGCUGCCGGACGGCGUGCACGACCUGGAGUGGGAAGACGACCUGCCCGAGAUGGGGAGGGGUCGGUCCGUGGGCGCGGCGGAGCCCAGUGAGGGUCUGAUGGAGCUGGACCAGGUGGACCAACAUGGCCGCCGGUGGAGGCGGUUCUCCAUAUCCGGACAGGAAUACCAGGUCAACAUGAGCGUCCUGGAGCCAUACCUGCAGGUCCUGUCACAUGGAGGUUACUACGGAGACGGGAUGAACGCCAUAAUUCUGUUUACUUCCUGUUACCUGCCAGAGAACACAGUGGAGGACUAUGAGUACGUCAUGGAGAACCUGUUCAGGUACAUCGUGGGAACGCUGGACCUGAUGGUUUCAGAGAACUACCUGCUGGUCUACCUGUGCGCCAUGGCUCCCAGGAACAAGCUGCCAGCCAUCAAGUGGCUCCACCAGUGCUACACCUCCAUCGACAGGAGGUUGAAGAAGGACCUGAAGGGCCUGCUGGUGGUGCAUCCGGCCUGGUACAUCAAGGCUCUGAUCACACUGGUCAAACCCUUCAUCAGUGACAAAUUUAGCAGGAAGAUUCGCUUCGUUCAGAACCUGGAGCAGCUAUCGCAGUUCGUCCCCACAGACAGGCUGCAGAUCCCAGAGGCAAUCCGACAGUACGAUGAGAAGCUGAGAAGAUGACGACCUCAGAUGACCUCUGACGGAUCAGACCGGGUGAAUGUGGAGGCUGAAGCCUGACCCUGCUGACCUUUGACCUGCUGGUUGUACAGACCUUCAGACUGUGGUUUAUUUAUGCUGCUUUUUUUAUGUUGGGAGUUUUUAAGGAACUCUUCCUGGGUCGGUUUUCCGGCUAAUCUCCAUGGAAUUGCGUCCAGGGCUGAUCUUCAUCAGCAGCUCCUCCUCCUCCUCCUUCACUGCCUUCUCUCUACCUGACACCAACUUACUGUUUCCAUGGCAACGUUUGGUCUCAGCACCACCCAUAAACCGUAGCAGCGCCAACAUGUGUAAUUUGGUUGAUGUGGUUGGUUCUGGUCUGGGUGUAGAUCGGGUUUCAUGCUGCAGGGGGCGGGGCAUCUGUGUAGGAGGUCCCUGAUUGGUUGUUCACCUGCUGCAGUAAUAAAAUAUUUUCAAGAUGC